AUGGCCUUCCCAGUCGUCUUCCUCUCCCUGUUCGUGGGGCUCGUCUCUGCCCUCCCGUCCGGAAGAGCCGACCUCGACUCUUGCCUCUCUUCCUCCGGCGCGUCGUUCGUCACUUCCUCCUCUUCCAGCUGGUCGAGCGCUAUCGCAGCCUUCAACCUGCGAUACACCUACCAGCCAGCGGCAGUCGUCUACCCCUCAACCUCCGCAGAGGCAAGUGCGGCUGUUCAGUGCGCGGCUGACGCCGGAGUCCCCGUCUCCGCACGUAGUGGUGGGCACAGUUACGCCGCCUACGGCCUGGGCGGAGCAGACGGCUUCCUCGUCGUCGACCUGUCCAACUUCAACACCGUAUCCCUCGACACCUCUUCGGGGCAUGCGAUCGUCGGCACUGGCCUGCGCCUGGGGGAGUCCCGCGAAUGGGGGCUCACUCUUGACCGGAUGAUCGGCGCCGAGCUCGUCCUUGCUAACGGCACAGUCGUCUCCGUCAGUGCGGACUCGUAUCCGGAUAUCUUCUGGGCCAUAAGGGGCAGCGCGCCCUCCUUUGGCGUCGCGCUCAGCUACACGUUCUCUACCCUCACCGCACCGGAAACGAUCAGCUACUUCACCUACGCCUUCUCGGCUCCUGCUGCUCAGGCACUCCUCGCCCUCCAAACCUAUGGCGAGAACGCCGACUCAAAGAUAGGGAUGGAGAUGGUCAUCGGCUCGGACGGGUGGUCCUACACCGGCGCGUACAUCGGUUCCUCCACCGACCUGGACACGGCCCUCGGCCCCCUGCUCAAUACGCUCCCAGAACCGUCAACCCAGAGCGUGCAGGAACUGGGCUGGCUGGACUACCUCAUUGCCGUAGGUGGGUCUGGGACGCUGAGCACCAGCGCGCCAGAUGUCACGGAUACGUUUUACGCCAAGUCUGCUAUUGUGCCUUCUACUGGGCUGCUCAGUAACGCAGACGCAGAGGCGUUCAUCGACUACCUCAACACCCAGGGCCCGGGGAGCAACACCAACUGGUUUGUCGAGGUGGAGCUGUACGGCGGUGCGCAGAGUUCGAUCUGUCAGCACCCGGAGGACUCGACGGCCUAUGGGAACCGGCAGGGCCUGCUCACUUUCCAGCUCUACGCUUCGUCCUCGAACUUCCUCCCGCCCUAUCCGGACGAGGGAUUCACAUUCGUCGACGGGAUGUUCAACGCUCUGGCGCAAAACAGGACUGUGCCGCUGGACUAUUACCCGAAUUAUGUGGAUGAUAGGCUUACGGAUAGCCAGUGGCACUCGGCAUACUAUGGGACGAACUACCAGAGGCUGUUGACGAUCAAGCAGGAGGUGGAUUCUAAUGGAGUGUUUGCAUACCCGCAAGCUAUUGGCAAGAACGUCGAUCGAUAUCCUGUGGCGACACUGAGCAUACCACCAGCAACUUAUAUCUUUCCAACAGCGUCUCCACCCUCAGCCGGUAUAUCCCCCAUGUACAGUACAGGAUUCGUCUACGCUCUCUUCGACUUUGUGGCUUCGGACGAGGAUGAGAUCUCAUUCCGCGCAGGGGAGAGGAUCGACGUGCUCGACAAGGACGACGAGUUCGCCGAUGGAUGGUGGCGUGGCCGAAAUCGAGCAGGCGACGUAGGGAUCUUCCCUGUCAAUCAUACCUCGCCCUACAAAGCGGACGUGCCCGUAGGCCUGCGUCCAGCAACAAGUGUGCGCAAAGCCGGGCACGGCUCCCAGACUCCCGGUAGCAACAACAGCAACGGUGGGAGAUACGGGCGUGCGCGGUCUGCCGAGUUGGCUGAGGAGGAAGGCACCAGGUCGAGUUGCCCGACAGGGCAUAUGCAUGCGCGGCCCAAGCUCCAGAGGGCUAACACGCCCUCGCGCAUGAGCUUGCCGACGUUCUCCUCCCCUUCAGCCUCACUGGCAUUGCCGCAUCCACGGCCUCUCACACCAGUAACGGGAAACGGCACCGACACGGGUACAUUGCUCCCUAUGCCCUCCCCACCGUGGGUCUACCCGCAUCCGAUGGCAUCACCCGCCAUCUCAGCCGUGUCCGGACUGCAUACCCCUCUCUCACCCGGAACGCCGAAGUCGCCUAGUACGAUGACGCUCGCCAGUUUGCCGCUGUCACCAGCGUCCUCCAGCACCACGGGCGGAGUAUUCCCAAGCGACUUUAUCGCUGUCCCUCCCUCGCCCCCACAUGCACAUCCACCUCUAGCGAGCCCAGCAAGUGCAGGGACAGCGACUCCCUCCCAUCCGCAACCGAUGACCCUUCCCAACCCUAUCCCCAUCCCGGCCUCAAGCCCAAGGCCCAUGUCAGUCCAGAUCCCGCUGCAGCACCCAGGCCCGCUGCUCUCCCCUCCCAUGGGUAGCCCAUUCUCCGGCGUACCCACUCCCCCCCGUCUUUCCCCUGCCCUCCCCGUCACCCCACCCCACCUCCCCCCUCCCGAACCCUUCCCCCUUGCUGCGGAGCCCGAGCACUUGAAGACGAUCAACCACCCCGGUAUCCCCUCGUCCUGGACAACGGACUACGUCGUCUCACACCUCUCUAAGCGGGGGUUUGACAGCUCCGUCCAAUCCGCAAUGCUGGCGCACGAUAUCUCCGGCGACGUGCUCUUGUCGCUAGACCUGAGGGUGAUGAAAGAAGAGCUGGGGAUCUUAGCGUAUGGGAAGCGGGUGAGGUUGGAGAAGGUAGUUGGGGAGCUAAGGAGGCUAGAGGAGAGAGUAGAGGAGAGAGAGGAGUGCGUGAGAUGGGAAGGACUUAGAGAGGAAGCGGGUAGGCGGAGUCGGGAGAGUGCAGAGAGAGCGCCGGAAAUGCAUGGGUUGGAUCUGGCAGCACAGAGUGCUGAGCUGAACAGGACAAGCCUCCUCUUGCCAGAAGGACCGCCGCCUUAUACGCUUGGAUUGGGAUAGGGGCUCGGGAAGGAUUCGCAUGAACUUUAAGCUUCUGAAGAAUAACGGCCCCUGUCUUUGUUGGCUUGGAAGGGGAUGGAUACGCACGAUGAA